AAACGAUAGACAACAAGAAGUGACUCCUGAGCCGACCGGGAGAGGGACGGCUCCUGUCGAGCUGGACUACCAAAGAAAACUGGAUUCAAAGCUUGCAUUCGGACGGAAACCUGGUUUAUUUGAUACGUCGGUAACCCAAGGACAAAUUGGCCGUGGAUAUAUAUUUAUCAAGUGCGUUUCGAGCUCAAUCCAAGGAGUUUAAAGUUUCCGCGAUCUCAUCUUUUUUUUGUGCCAGGGCUGUGAUGUGGUGACGCGGCUCGUCGACGGGAAGCUAAGCUAACGUUAGCUGGCAAAAUACACCAGAGAAAAUGUGUUUUUAGAUAUUUUAGUUUUCUUCUGACUUCGUCUUCAUUUUUUUUUUUUCAUUUGACCCUUGAAGUUGGAUUAUAAACACUUUUAUAUAUAUAUAUGCUUUGCCUGGUAUUGUCUUGGACAGUAUUUGUUCCUUGUAAGGAGUGUUGCCUAACUACACUUCCCUUGAACAAAGUAUAGAAAAUGUUAGGAUGAGUUAAUAAUGUCUGUGUCUGUAUAUUAUAUGUGCAAACACUAAUAAUCAGUUUGACUCACUUUUUUAAAUCUUUGUGCAAUGCAGAAGUCACUACUACCGUUUAGUGAAAUAGUUAGAGUUGUUGUCCUCUGAUGUGGAUCUGGCGGUGCGGCCUUUUGGAGUCGGGGACCUUUCAGUCUGGAUGGUUUUCAACAUUUCAUUGGAUUUAAUGUUUUGAAUGGCUUGGAUUAUUCAUACAAUUGUACCGUUGUAAUUAGUUGAACGAACCGGCUUGAAGUUAAGUUGAAGAAAGCUCGGCAACAUAAAUAGAAAAGUGGACAUCCACACAGGAAUUUCGCCUAAUCUGCAAAGAUGAUGUGCGAGGUGAUGCCCACCAUCAGCGAGUCGGAGGGGCCUUCGGGUGGCCGGCGGGGGUCUGGCUCGCCUCUUCAUUCGGACUCGGAGGGGCACUUUGAAUCUCUGAUGGUUUCCAUGCUGGAAGAACGCGACCGGCUACUGGACACGCUGAGGGAGACCCAGGAGAACCUAGGCCUGACCCAGGGCAAGCUGCACGAGGUCAGCCACGAGAGGGACUCGCUGCAGAGGCAGCUUAACACCGCCCUGCCCCAGGAGUUUGCUGCGCUGACCAAGGAGGUGAAUGUGUGUCGGGAGCAUUUGAUGGAGAGGGAGGAGGAGAUCGCUGAGCUCAAGGCUGAGAGGAACAACACACGGCUUCUCCUGGAGCAUCUGGAGUGUCUGGUGUCUCGUCAUGAACGCAGUCUGAGGAUGACUGUGGUGAAGAGGCAGGCCCAGUCUCCUGCCGGGGUCUCCAGCGAGGUAGAGGUCCUCAAGGCACUCAAGUCCCUGUUCGAACACCACAAAGCCCUGGACGAGAAGGUCAGGGAGAGACUUCGUGUGGCUUUAGAAAGAUGCAGCCAACUGGAAGAACAGCUCACAUCACAACACAAAGAGAUGUCUUACCUGAGAGAGCAGAACAUCCAGAAGAGGUCGCUAGGCGAUGGAAUGGAAGGGCUCAACCACAACUCUGAAAACACCCCAAGCACAAACGGCAAGCGGUCGUCAGAUGGCUCUAUGAGCCAGGAGGAGGACCUGGGGAAGGUGGGGGAGCUGCAGGAGGUGGUGGCGAGACAGACGUCGGACCUGGGGCAGAUGAUGGAGCGCAUGGCGGCCAUGACGGGUCGCAUCAGCGAGCUGGAGGAGGACCUGGACACGGCACGCAAGGACCUCAUCAAGAGUGAAGACGUGAACACACGCCUGCAGAGAGACAUACGAGAGUCUAUGGCCCAGAAGGAGGACAUAGAGGAGCGUAUCGUCACCCUGGAGAAGAGGUACUUGGCAGCGCAGCGAGAGGCCACCUCCGUACACGACCUCAACGACAAGCUGGAGAACGAAGUGGCCAACAAGGAGUCCCUGUUCCGACAGACGGAGGAGAGGAACAGGCAGCUGCAGGAACGUUUAGAGCUGGCUGAGCAGAAGCUGCAGCAGACCAUCAGGAAGGCGGAGACUCUGCCCGAGGUGGAGGCGGAGCUAGCCCAGAGGGUGGCGGCCCUCACCAAGGCGGAGGAGCGUCAUGGCAACGUGGAGGAGAGGGUGAGGCAGAUGGAGGCUCAGCUGGAGGAGAAGAACCAGGAACUGCUCAGGGCGCGCCAGAGGGAGAAGAUGAACGAGGAGCACAACAGGCGUCUGUCGGAGACGGUGGACAAGCUGCUGUCAGAGUCCAACGAGAGGCUACAGCUUCACCUCAAGGAGAGGAUGUCUGCCCUAGAGGACAAGAACGGCCUGAUCAGAGAUCUGGAGCACAGUAAGAAGCUGGUUGAGGAAACGCACCAUGAGAAGGAGCAGCUAUUGAUCCAGAUUGAGACGAUGCGGGCGGAGAACGAGCAAGGCAGGAACAGGAGCAACUCACUGCUGCACCAUGGGCGGUCUCACCAAGGCAGCACCCCAGACUUCCGGUACCCGGUGUCGGCCUCCUCCAUGAUGGACAGCCACUCGGACCACUACGGUAGCGCGCUGGUGCUGAGGCGGCCCCAGAAGGGGCGUCUCGCCGCUCUGCGGGACGAACCCUCCAAGAGACAUGUCCAGACUCUGAAUGAACAGGAGUGGGAGCGCGUGCAGCAGGCUAAUGUUCUGGCCAACGUUGCUCAGGCGUUUGAGUCUGACCUGGAGACGUCAGACCUGGAGGACGAUGAGCGCGAGACCAUCUUCAGCUCCGUGGACCUGCUGUCCCCUGCCGGCCAGGCCGACGCUCAGACCCUGGCCCUCAUGCUGCAGGAGCAGCUGGAUGCCAUCAACAACGAGAUCAGGAUGAUUCAGGAGGAGAAGGAGAACACAGCCAUGCUGGCAGAGGAGAUGGAGAGCCGUGUGGGCAGCGGGGACAGCCUGGGGGCCAGCCGCUUCCGCUCCAUGAGCUCUAUCCCCCCCUCCUCCAUGGGGGGCUCGUCGCCCCCCGGCUCAGGCUCCUCCACCCCGCGACGCAUCCCCAACCGCAGCCCCAACCGAGAGGUGGACCGCAUGGGAGUCAUGACCCUGCCUAGUGACCUGCGCAAGCACCGCAAAAGUCUGCCCAGGACGACAAGACCACAAUCCAGUGUGAGACGUCUCCUCCCACCACCCCUCGCUCCAUGCGCCUGCACAAGGGGGCCAGCCACACUGCCAGCCAUGAGGACAUCAGGGACAUCCGCAGUAUGACCACCCUACAGGACGGCCAGGGUAGUAACCCCAGCAGCAGUAACAGCAGUCAGGACUCUCUGAACAAGGCAGCCAAGAAGAAGAGCAUCAAGUCCUCCAUCGGGCGCCUCUUCGGCAAGAAGGAGAAGGGUCGG